CUCUCCCGCUUCACUCCAAUUUGGACAAGCUCGUGAGCAAUCCAUGGAACCGAUAAAAGAGCCCAACCGGCAAUGAAGUUGAGAUGGAAAGCAAUAUCCAAGAGCGUCCAGCUGAUAUAAUUAGAAGCAUUAGCAAUCCCCAGCAAGAAGAAAGGAUGGGCCAACACAUUUGUGCUUUGCAGCCUUGUGGGCUGUCAAUAGCAAUGGAAACUUUGCUAUUUAGCCUUGAACUUACCACGUCGUCUUCUUUUGCUUGGUGAUGCUAAAUUUUUAUGCAUCAAUUGUUGGAAUUCUACUCUGGCAGGUUUCUCCCAAGUUGGCUCCAGGGAUUCACCUGAUUGCCUUUGUAUGUCACUGACCCUUCUGUUUUCUGCAGUUGUUCCAAGAAAACUCAUGGCGUAUAGUUGUUGGCUCCUUUUGUGUGAGCUCCCUUUGCCCUGCCAGAAAUCGUCCUGACAGGCCAAGUUGUGUCAUAUAUACAUAAGGUCCUCCAGGAUCAUCAUCAUUCGUCAGUAAUUAUGAUUUAGUGCUUGUCUUGUACCUAAGAAUAAUCGUCAUGUCAUUUCUCUCUCUCUCUCUUAAGUGGGGUCGUUGUUGUUUUCGCAAUUAUAAAGUAUUUGUGUUUGCUUAUUGAGAUUGGGGAAUUUUAAUUGGCUGAAAAAUUUCAAUCCUAUUGUUCAUAUUAUAGCAAAAAUAUUAAUUAAUUUAAAAGACGUUGAUGAUGACUAAAAUGUAAUUUAAGAACUAGCCCAUAAAGAAAGGACCCUCCAAAAGGAGGGAAAGGAAGAUAGCGCCGCACAAACGCUUAAUUUCAAACACUGGAAGAACGGAGCGAACCAUGACUGCCAUUGUUCAUGGCAAAGCGCACUUCUCCACUUUGCUUAGUCGCAAGAAUCUGCCCUCGCCCACCAAUAAUUCUGUUCAACAAUGCUCUACAAACCUUCUCCUUUUCUACACUUCUUGCCCCAAACCAAUCAAAACCAUCCACCAAGAUAAAAACUUUUUCCCAUAUUUUCCAGGAAUGCUCCAAUCACCGCUCCCUAAAUCCAGGAAAACAAGCCCACGCACGCAUGAUAAUUUCUGGUUUUGUCCCUACAAUCUUUGUCUCAAAUUGUUUGAUCCAAAUGUACGUGAAAUGUUCCCAUUUGAACAAUGCUUACAAAGUGUUUGACAGAAUGAAUCAAAGGGAUGUCAUUUCUUAUAACACAAUGAUAUUCGGGUAUGCUGGUUUUGGGAAAAUGGAUAUUGCUAGGGAGUUUUUUAUUAGCUUGCCCCAGAGAGAUGUGGUAUCAUGGAAUUCUAUGAUUUCUGGGUUUCUACAGAACGGUGAGUGUCGAAAGUCAAUUGAGUUUUUCAUGGACAUGGGUAGAUCGGGCGUGAGGUUUGACCCGACGACUUUCGCCGUUGUUCUGAAAGCGUGUGCGAGUCUGGAAGAGGGUGGAGUCGGUAUUCAGGUUCAUGGGCUUGUUAUCCGAAUGGGAUUUGAUAAUGAUGUGAUUACAGGGAGUGCUUUGUUGGAUAUGUAUGCAAAGUGUAAGAGAUUAGAUGAUUCACUUCGGGUUUUUGGUGAAAUUCCAGUAAAGAAUUGGGUUUCUUGGAGUGCCAUGAUUGCCGGUUGUGUUCAAAAUGAUCAGUAUGUGGAGGGUUUAGAGUUGUUCAAAGAGAUGCAAAGUGCUGGAAUUGGGGUCAGUCAAUCUAUCUAUGCUAGUGUUUUCAGGUCCUGUGCAGGGCUGUCUGCAUUAAAAUUGGGCUCUCAGUUUCAUGGACAUGCUUUGAAGUGUGGUUUUGGAUGGGAUAUCAUUGUAGGAACUGCCACUUUGGAUAUGUAUGCAAAAUGUGGUAGCAUGACUGAUGCCCAAAAGCUUUUUAACUCAUUGCCAAAACAUAGUUUGCAAUGUUAUAACGCCAUUAUUGUUGGGUAUGCUCGAAAUGACCAAGGGUUUGAAGCUUUACUAUUAUUUCGUCUUUUGCUAAAAUCUGGCCUUGGUUUUGAUGAAAUUAGUCUAUCUGGGGCAUUCAGUGCUUGUGCAUCCAUUAAAAGGGAUAUAGAGGGGCUUCAAGCACAUGCAUUAGCAGUUAAGACCACUUUCAGUUCAAACAUUUGUGUGGCUAAUGCAAUUCUUGACAUGUAUGGUAAAUGUGGUGCUUUGGCUGAAGCUGUUCACAUGUUUAAUGGUAUGGAUAGAAGAGAUGCCGUGUCUUGGAAUGCAAUUAUUGCUGCUCAGGAGCAGAAUGGAAAUGAAGAGGAUACACUUGCCCUUUUCGCAUCAAUGCUUCGCUCAAGGAUGGAGCCUGAUGAGUUCACUUAUGGAAGCAUCCUGAAAGCUUGUGCCAGUAAGCAAGCUCUAAAUAGUGGCAUGGAAAUCCAUAAUAGGAUUAUCAAAUCUGGGAUGGGGUUCGAAUCCUUUGUAGCGGGUGCUCUUGUUGAUAUGUAUUGCAAGUGUGGAAUGGUGGAAGAGGCUGAGAAAAUACAUAACAGAACAGAAAAGCAAACAACGGUUUCAUGGAAUGCAAUUAUUUCUGGGUUCUCACUGCUAGAACAGAGUGAGAAUGCUCUCAGUUUUUUCUCUUGGAUGUUGGAAAUGGGUGUGAAGCCAGACAACUUCACUUAUGCAAUAGUGCUUGAUACUUGUGCUAAUUUAGCUACUAUUGGAUUGGGAAAGCAAAUACACGCUCAAAUCAUUAAACAAAAAUUACAUUCAGAUGUAUAUAUAUCCAGCACUCUCGUUGAUAUGUACUCAAAGUGUGGAAAUAUGCAAGAUUCCCAACUAGUAUUUGAGAAAGCUCCUGAUAGAGAUUUUGUGACAUGGAAUGCUAUUAUUUGUGGUUAUGCUCAGCACGGUCUUGGGGAAGAGGCCCUUAAAGCUUUUGAGAAUAUGCAACUUCAGAAUGUAAACCCAAACCAUGCAACUUUUAUUUCUGUUCUUAGAGCUUGUGCACAUAUUGGACUUGUUGAUAAAGGGUUAUAUUACUUCAAUGCAAUGGUAAGUGAUUAUGGUUUAGAUCCUCAAUUAGAGCAUUAUUCGUGCAUGGUUGAUAUAAUAGGCAGAUCAGGCCGUGUUGGUGAGGCUUUGCAGCUUAUCCAAGAGAUGCCUCUUGAAGCUGAUGCGGUCAUGUGGAGAACUCUUCUUAAUAUUUGCAAGAUCCAUGGGGAAUUUAAGAUUGCAGAAAAAGCCACAAAUUCUAUCUUGCAAUUAGAACCUCAAGACUCUUCUGCUUGCGUUCUUCUAUCAAAUAUUUAUGCUGAUGCAGGAAUGUGGGCUAAGGUUUCCGAGAUGAGAAAAAUGAUGAGGCAAAAUAAACUAAAGAAGGAGCCAGGUUGCAGCUGGAUUGAGGUAAAAGAGGAGGUGCAUGCGUUUCUUGUUGGGGACAAGGCUCACGAGAGGUGUGAAGGGAUCUAUGAAAUGCUUGAUUUGCUAAUUAGCGAGAUGAAGUGGGAUGGAUGCACACCAGACGUUGAUUUUUCCUUUGAUGGGGAAGCAGAAGAAUAUGAGCAGCCAGAAGAGCUAAGAAGCGGUACUUACAAUCUAUAGUUCAGCAACUGUCGACUGACAUGGUAAAUAUGAGAUUUUUGAACUAUUUAGCCAUGUCACUGGAAUUCUGAGUUAACAAACCAAAAGUAAUAUUUUGACAAGCUACUGUCCUAUGACAGAUUCGGCAAGGGUAACGUAAUGGAAAUUACUGCUAUACAAAGACAAAGUACUAGAAACGGGAAAAGGUUGAAUCCCUUAUAAGUUGUAGAUGAGCAGAAAUUGGACGAGGAAAUCAACUUUAGGGUGGCUGUGAAUGAGUUCUCUUUCAAGGAUUUCCAUUAUGAUUUUUGAGUCUCAAUUCCCGGUGAAUAAUUGAACUGAAAGUCCGAAAGAAAGGCACAAUUUGGCAGGACAGUGUAAUUGAGUGAAAAUAUCAAGGCGUCGAAGAAAACGACAACGUUUAUUAUCCACUUGGGGAACAGCAGGCUCAACGACUCCGUAUUUUUGCAAAUUAUCACCCAUAACCGCACAUGUCCUGUGAACUUUGCCCCACGACAAGGGAAAGGAGUUAAGCAAGUAAGGGUUGCAUUGCUCGUGCCACAAAGGCUGACGAAGAACAAACAUAUUCUGUAAGGAUAGGUUGGAUGCUUGAAGGAAUAAGUAUCUUCUUUCUGUUUCUCUCUCUCUCUCUCUCUC